CACCAACAACGUCUUAUCCUCGUCUCCCGAAAUUUAUGUUUCUGCAUACCGACCUUCUCUUCAUCCAUCCCCGCCAAAGGCAGUAUCACGACAACCGACAAAAUGCCUCCCAAGUCCGGUAAGAAGGUGGCUCCCGCCCCUUUCCCUCAGGGAAAGGCUGGCUCCAAGAAGGCUCCUAAGAACCCUCUCAUUGAGCGCAAGCCCCGCAACUUCGGCAUCGGCCAGGACAUCCAGCCCCGUCGCAACUUGGCCCGCAUGGUCAAGUGGCCCGAGUAUGUCCGUCUUCAGCGCCAGAAGAAGAUCUUGAACAUGCGCCUCAAGGUCCCCCCUGCGAUCGCCCAGUUCCAGCACGUCCUCGACCGCAACACCGCCGCCCAGGCUUUCAAGCUCCUCAACAAGUACCGCCCUGAGACCAAGGCCGAGAAGAAGGAGCGUCUCGUCAAGGAGGCCACCGCCGUCAAGGACGGUAAGAAGAAGGAGGACGUCUCCAAGAAGCCCUACACUGUCAAGUACGGUCUCAACCACGUCGUUGGCCUGAUCGAGAACAAGAAGGCUUCCCUCGUCCUCAUCCCCAACGACGUUGAUCCCAUUGAGUUGGUCAUCUUCCUCCCCGCCCUCUGCCGCAAGAUGGGUGUCCCCUUCGCCAUCAUUAAGGGCAAGGCCCGCCUCGGAACCGUCGUCCACAAGAAGACUGCCGCCGUCCUCGCUUUCACCGAGGUCCGCUCCGAGGACAAGAGCGAGCUCUCCAAGCUUGUUUCCGCCAUCAAGGACGGAUACCUGGAGAAGACCGACAGCGCUCGCAAGCAGUGGGGUGGUGGUAUCAUGGGUGCUAAGGCCCAGAAGCGCACCGAGAAGAAGCAGAAGGCUCUUGACAACGCCAUCAAGGUCUAAGAUGGAACAAUACCCGGACUACUUUAGUGUAUUAGGAGACUAGGCCACUGGAGGCUAUCGGAUCAUAAAAAUUUGGCAUGGCGUCGGGAUUAUUCUAUUGGGUUUCAAGUUCAUGCUUUGCUUCCAUGACAUGGUGACCUCACGAACCCUUUACUCUCAAUCCGGCACAUUUCUUCUUUAA